AUGUACCAAAUUUCGGUAUCAAAGUCGGAAGAAUUUUUUCCUACCAAAUUCUUUAGAAAAUCAUGUGUGAUCAAAAUAUUUUUUACGUUAGUUGCUAGUUUAGCGGCGUGCAACAAAUACUACAACGACAUGGUGUCAUUGUCGAAUUUUGGAUACUACAACUCAUUUGAGGACAGCAUUGAGUACGUAAGGCAACUUGAUUUGCUUGUAAACAAAUACUUACAGGUGUUGAAGAAAAUUGAUAAUGACAUGUCUGUAGAGCUUAGAGAGGCUUCAAAUUAUGAUUUAAAGUCGGUCAGCGAUGGCACUAACAAAACUGGAGCUGAUGUCAUAAACAAGAUGCACGCUCGACAAAUAAUCUUGGACUUGAUGAUGUACCAAGUUCAAUAUGCCUAUCAAAUGUACCUCAGCGCCUGCAACAAGUAUAGGGGAGAAACAGUGAACGCUUUGUUUGAGGACUUGACCUUCAGCCACCCAAUCAACCGUAUGGUUAUCUAUGAGUGGGUCAGGCAGAUGGAUAUCAAUGUCAGAAGAAUCGCAAGUUUCGACGAUACAAUAUCAGAUAUCUGGAAGGAUGUUAGGGAAGAGAUCAACACUAACCCUGUCCAAGAUGUUGACUUGCCAAAAACUUCAGAAGACGCCAAGCCUGCUGAAGCUACACCUGAACAAAAACCUGAACAAAAACCUGAGGCAACGCCGGCGGAACCAGCCACUCAAGCACCAGCUGCGUGA